AUCCCGUUGGUCUGCCAUAUCUCCGUUCGACUUUCUCUCUCUAAUGCAUUGUCAUACGGAUUUGAAUCGGAAAAUAGGCCUCAAGAAAUUUAGUUGAUCCUUUGAUAACGCUGAGAAAAUGUGAUUUCUGGAGGGUCUAUCGGUUCUUUUUGGUGAUAUAUUGUUCUUCUCCCUAUUUUUAUUUGUUUUUGAGUCGAUUCAGUAGGCCUAGGGUUUCGAGCUUCCAGUUUGGCGCAUGAAGGUUCCUUUGGAUCGAGCCAAAGUGGUGUUGCGGCACUUGCCGCCCACACUUCAACAGGCCACGCUCCUAGAGAAAGUUGAUUCUCGCUUCUCUGGCCGCUACAACUGGCUCUCUUUUCACCCCGGAAAAAUCAGCCAGAAACAACAAACUUAUUCAAGGGCCUAUGUUGAAUUUAAGAGACCUGAAGAUGUUGUUGAGUUUGCAGAUUUCUUUAAUGGACAUUUAUUUGUUAAUGAGAAAGGGACUCAAUUUAAAACAAUUGUUGAGUAUGCUCCUUCACAGCUUGUUCCAAAGCAGGGAUUUAAGAAAGAUGGACGUGAUGGGUCUAUAUUGAAAGAUCCUGAAUAUAUGGAGUUCCUUGAAUUUAUUGCAAAACCUGUUGAGUAUCUUCCAAGUGCAGAGAUACAAUUAGAAAGGAGGGAAGCUGAACGAACUGUUGCUGCCAAGGAUGCUCUUAUAAUUACUCCCCUAAUGGAGUAUGUGCGUCAAAAAAGAGCUGUAAAGACUGGAGUUCGGAGGGCUGUACCUAGUGGGAAAUCAACCAGAAGGGUUGGUGGAGCAUCAUCGGGAAGUCCUAGCUCUAGUGCAUCUAAACGAGGCUCUGAGAAGAGGAGGACUUCAAAAACAAUGUAUGUUCCACGGGACAGUUCUAAGGUUGUAAGUGGCAAGGAGAAAUCAUACAUUCUUAUAACAAAACGUGAUGGUCAAAAGUUCUCUGACAAGUCGGGUACUUCGCCUUAUGCAUAUGGAGUGGCCCCAGCACAUGGUGAAAGUGGAGGUUCUGGAACUGCUGACAGUGGGAAGAAAAUCUUGCUGACCAAAGGAAAGGAAAAAGAAGUUGCUCUCCAAAAUAUGCUCAAUUCGUCUGCUCCUAGGCCGAAUCAACGACAUGAGGCUAGCAGGAGAAUAGUUAAAAGUAUACUUCUCAAGGACGCUCACCAGAAUCAAUUAUCUUCUGCAGUUCAAUCAGAACAAGAAAUCCAGGACAGGGACAUAAAACCUCCUAGGCCACCAACGAUGCAGUUAUCUCAGAAGGAUUGUAAUGGAUCACAUGAGGAUAAAGUUACUGGGAAUGAACCACACAAUAUCCACAUAGAGAAGCUGGAGAAACGUACAAGGAGUAGGGAUAAGCCUGAUCGUGGUGUCUGGACGCCACUUCGUCGUUCUAAUAGCUCACAAGCAGGUGAUGAACAUUUGUCUUCGUCCAACCAAUCCACCGAAGUGCAAGAUUCUACUGAAGGUGGGCAUCUGGAAAUAAAAAAGGAUACAUCAAUUGCACGGACUGGAGACUAUAGACCCGUUGGAAGUGGACGCAAUUCUCAUUCAUCAGUCGAUAAUGGUAUAUACCGACAUGGUGCUCGGCGUGGAUCAGCACAUGGUAUGAAAGAUGCUGAUGGCACUUCAGUUGGUGAAGGAAAACCAUCGAGAAGGGGAGGUCCUUCUGGAUAUGGUUCCCGUGGCCAUGAGAAGCAAGUAUGGGUCCAAAGGUCAAGUUCUGGUUCUUAAUUUUGUUAAUUAUGUGAAAUUCUUGGUUGUCUACCAUAUUAAAAAGUAUACCCUCUAGUGGCUGGAGGCCGCACUCUUCGCUCAAACAGGUCAGGAGUGAGCCAAGGUUGCUGAGGCCAAGAUUUGAAGAUCUUCAGCGGAACUUUGAGUCGCCUGACACCUAAGAUAUUGGCGUGUUGUUUACUGUUCAGCGAGGUGAACAUUUGAUAACGAUGAUGGAAACAGGACAGGUGCGUCAUUUCAACCACACAAUCAACACCACAAUUUUAACCGGGGUGUUUACUUUGACUCGCUGCGGUCCCUUUCAUCAGGAGAGCCAUGGACGCACUGUUCCUGGCUUCCCCGCCUUUGACUCAGGUGGUUAUCAAGAUAUUUAGUUCCAUAGGUGGUUGUCGAGAUAUUUAGUUCUACAGGCGAAUGAAUGCUUUUGUUUUCGUUGAAUGUAUAUACAAAAAUAUGGGAUUGUGUGAAUGCUCUCUAUAGUUCCCAUUAUGGAUAUGGCAAUAGAGUAAUAGCCUUAUGGCUGAUGGUAAUUCUAGGCUUGACUUGACUGAUUGGGGUUUCUGAAAGAUUGCUUGUUGUUGAUGACAUUCUUCGAGUUAUUUAACUUAAAGAAGGGGAAUCAGAAUCGGAUUUGCUUAGAUUCUAAUUUCCCAAGUUAUGGGAAUAGUUGUAGUUAUGAAGGGUGUUGCUGAAAUGAAAUGUUCCUUUUAUGCCUU